CCAGUGCCCGGAUCUUCUCCCGCGAGUCCCGCCGCCCCGCACAGCGCGGGGGCUGCCCGUUCCCAGCAGCAGAUUCCCCACGAAACCGGGCUCCCCUCACUCCAGGGCCGGAGCCUCCCAGGCCGCGCCCCCCUCACCUGCCAGCACCGGCCGCAGCGCCCUGGCCCAGCCGGGAGCGGGGAGGGGCCGUCCCGACUUCGUGCGGAAAGUGCCGCGGCGGAUGCGCAGGCUGCGCCCCUCCCCCGGCCGGAGCGGAUGAAAACAAACAGCGGCGGCGGCGGCGAGGGGGAGCCCGGGGUCCUAGGAGAGCAGGACACCCCCCAGCCCGGGGCGCGGACACCGGGGACCCCCGGCCCGGACAGUGGGGUCCCAGGGCACUGAGAUCCCCCCGACCCUUGGGCGUGUAGCGCCCCGCAGCAGGGUCCCGACUUUCCCUGGGCACGGCUGGGCCCGAGAGCCGGGGACCCCUCGCUGGGCGGGUAUCGGCCCACAGGCACCAGCGCUCCCCGGGCUAAAAGGCUGAGGCCGGGAGCUGGGACCAAGAGCCCCCAGACUGAGCCCCUCCCCGAGCCGGGGACCGAGGCUGGCUCUGCUCACUGGCGGUGAGGGGGCCCUGGGCACAGGCGCUCUGCAGUGAGACCGGGACGGAGACUUCACGGGCUCGGCUGCGAGGAGACUUCUGGAGCCCUGAACCUAGAGCUGGACCCUGAAGAGAGACCUUGGGCUGGGCAUCGAGACUGGGACCAAACCCUACCAGCUCUGGCCGGGAAGAGAAGACACCCCAGAAGAUUCCACUGGCUAAGAACUGAGAUCCGGAAACCGAGACACCACCUAGCCCCCUGGCCCAACAAGAAGACUAGUGAGGAUCCCUGAGGUCUAGAUGGGUUUGGUCAUGCAGAGAGACUAGGGUCAGCCAGCCUCGGUCCCCCGGCAUGAGACCCAGAGCAAUCACCUCUGCCUCCUCCCUGCAGAUUUUCAUGUGCAAUGGACACCGAUCUCAACUCCCAGGACAGGAAGGACCUGGACAAGUUCAUCAAAUUUUUUGCUCUGAAGACUGUACAAGUGAUUGUCCAGGCCCGACUUGGAGAGAAAAUCUGUACUCGAUCAUCAUCCUCCCCAACAGGCUCUGACUGGUUCAACUUGGCAAUCAAAGAUAUACCAGAGGUAACUCAUGAAGCAAAGAAAGCCCUGGCAGGACAGCUACCUGCUGUUGGACGGUCAAUGUGUGUAGAGAUCUCUCUCAAAACCUCUGAGGGAGAUUCCAUGGAGCUGGAAAUCUGGUGUCUAGAAAUGAAUGAAAAGUGUGACAAAGAAAUCAAAGUUUCGUACACUGUGUACAAUAGGCUGUCUCUGCUGCUGAAGUCCUUGCUUGCUAUAACCAGGGUGACUCCAGCCUACAGACUUUCCAGGAAACAGGGCCAUGAAUACGUAAUACUGUACAGGAUAUACUUUGGGGAAGUGCAGCUGAGCGGCUUGGGAGAAGGUUUCCAGACAGUCCGUGUUGGAACAGUGGGUACCCCAUUGGGCACCAUCACUCUGUCUUGUGCCUACAGAAUCAACCUGGCCUUCAUUUCAACCAGGCAGUUUGAGAGGACCCCACCUAUCAUGGGGAUUAUCAUUGAUCACUUUGUGGACCGUCCCUACCCCAGCUCCUCACCCAUGCACCCGUGCAAUUACAGAACGACUGGUGAGGACAAUGGGGCAGCAUACCCAUCAGUGGAAGACUCCCAGGAAGUGUGCACUACCUCUUUCUCCACCUCCCCUCCAUCCCAGUGUGUUUUUACUGUCACUAAGGCACAUUUUCAGACCCCUCCUCCUGUGGUGAUGGACACCUUGAAGGUCCCUAUGAUGGGACUGGCCUUUUCACAUCAACUUUCCAGCUCUCGUCUUUCCUAUCAGCCUGCUGCCCUGGGAGUUGGAUCAGCUGACAUGGGGUAUCCAGUAAUCUUUGCUGGUGGUUUGAAUGCUGCACAUCCUCAUCAGUUGAUUGUUCCAGGGAAGGAGGGUGGGGUGCCCCCAGUUCCUAGCCAGCCAGCACAUGGCACUCAGGCUGACCAUGAGAGGAUGGUAAUGUGCACCCCAUUGGAUGGAGCCCUCUACUCAGCAGCUACUCCUUCCAGUAGUGAGGACACAGAAACCGUAUCAAACAGCAGCGAAGGGAAGAGUGGCUCCCCACACGAUCUCUUGGAGACCAUCUUUGUCCGGAAAGUGGGGGCCUUUGUCAACAAACCCAUUAAUCAGGUGACCAUGGCCAGCUUGGACAUUCCUUUCGCCAUGUUUGCGCCCAAGAACGUUGAGCUGGAGGAUAAUGACCCCAUGGUGAAUCCUCCUGACUCCCCAGACGCUGAGUCUCCUCUACAGGGCAGCUUGCGCUCAGAGGGCUCUAGUGGUAGCAGCACCGGGAACACACACGACGACUUUGUCAUGGUUGACUUUAAACCAGCAUUCUCAAAAGAUGACAUUCUUCCAAUGGAUUUGGGGACGUUCUACCGCGAAUUUCAGAACCCCCCUCAGCUCAGCAGCCUCUCCAUUGACAUUGGGGCUCAGUCCAUGGCAGAGGAUCUGGACUCGUUACCGGAGAAGCUGGCAGUCCAUGAGAAAAACGUCAAAGAGUUUGAUGCCUUUGUAGAGACUUUGCAGUAAAGCGGUUUUCUUAUUGCAGCAGCAGUGUCCACACAGUGUCCGUCUUCUGGAGCACCUGGAGGAGGAAGCCUACAAUGUCCUGUCUGCCACUCCUCUUUUGUGUCCCAUUUUCCCCCCUGCAUCUUGUGGGCUUUGUCAGAUCACCUCCCUCAAUACUAGGUACAGAUUCAACUGUCAGUCUCCCCUCAGCCAGGCCCUGGGAUAGUUUUGGACCCCUUUUCCUACUGGCAUUUGAGUACUUAUCUAUAACACUACAAUAGGGACAAAAGAAAUCAAGCUUUGUUGUUAGUAACCCAGUUCCCCAUCAGUCUUUGUUCUGUGUAUGGAGGGGCUUUACAGAAAGUUGCCAGAAAUGCUCUCUGCAAAGCCUCUUGCAUCACAGUUCCCCGAGAUUUAGCUUCUGGGGCACAGACCAUCUUUUCCUUGGGUCUGCAAUUGCACUGGAGUAUAGACAGCCUUGGCUAACUCAGGAUCUGGGCAGUGGCAUACUCAGCUGGCUUGAGUGCAGGACAUCAGCUCUUAGAAAUGAGGCAUUUCAUCCUGUCUUCAGUGAGCGCAUGGACUGCAGAGCGCAAGGGGAUGAGGCAGACUUCCACCUCACGCGCUAUACUGUGCCACGCCUUUAGAGGUCUUCACUUUCUGCUUCCAAGGAACUGGGUCUCUGCACAGACUUUCUCUCUGGGGCCUUGUGCUGGGCCUGUCUUCCUGAAUCAGAGAUGUGAAACUACAGAAGCUAUGCGGAAGGGCUUUCCACAUUUCCUUGAGUGUAGGAAAACCACCAUGCUAAGGUCCCAGAAUGUGAUUGUACUGGUGCAUCUGCAAGUGGCACCUUGGGAGUAUGUUAAAAUUGUAGUCGCUGCUCUUGAAAUGCAGUUGUAAAUACGAAUAGGAAUUCUAUUUCUAUUUCUCCAGGGUUAUGUAACUAGGGGUCUUAGUCCUUUUUCCCUGCAAACCUUGCUGCUUUAUGGUUAAUAUAUAAGAAACAGGAAAUAUUUAUUGCUUUUAAAGAAACCUAUAUUAAAAAAAAGUUAUGUUUUCGUGUACUAGUGCAGGUCAUUCGGUCCUGUCACUGCAGACAGCAGUUGUGCCAUGGAGCCCUGUCCCAUGACAAUAGUCUGCCUUUGGUAGGGAAAAUCCAAGAUAUUUAUUUUCAGAGACAUUUAUUUACUCUAAUACAGUGUUCUGUUCUGGGGACUUUUUUCCAUGACACCCAGUCGGAGCAUUGAUAUAAUAACAUGCACAUGUUGGUGCAGCAGAGUGCAGGGACUUCCUGAAGAGCUUCAUUCUGAUAGGCUUGGGAAAUAGACUUGUUCUGUUCCUCAGCCAUUCGGGAAGUAGCUGGUUCACAGAAGCACACCUUUGAAAAGUUGAUGGUACUCUUUUUAAUCAGCUGGCUUAUGAUUAGCUAAAAGUUUAUUUUUGUAAUGCGCUAGCCAUGAAGUAGUGUGAUUGGCUGGCAGUGCUCUGUGUUUGAUCUGGUUGUUGUGUGUCCUUUGUCUCACAUGAGGAAGGGAGAAGCUGUGUAACGGCACUAAGCAGGAACUUGGACAGAGUAGGGCUUGUGUAACUCUCUCUGCCCUUUAGCCACCUGUAACUGGGCUGAGUAACUGAAGAGGAGACUCCUGCAAGUCCCCCUUGCUACCCACAGAUGAUAUUUCUAUAGAGUGGUGGGAGUUCUCUGUACUCUGAGGAUCCUUGCUAGUUUCCUUACUACUGGUGGAGUUUUUGACCAGUUUGUGGUCAAAAAAGGCUGGAUGUGGCUUUCUCCAGAGCUCGGCACAAUUCCUUAGGUUGAAAAGGAGGGUUGCUAGAGAAUGACACAAGGCCUUGGGUUACCAGGUGGCCUCUGCAGCCCUCCACCCUGUGCUGCUGCAAGAGCAAAGAAUUGAGCUCAGGACCUGAAUUGAUUUCCAAUAUGCUGACAUGUUCUUUUGCUUUCCCAGCCCUUGAGUUGGCAGGUGUUUGCUGUGCAUGGUCAGUGGCCGGGUUUAGUGUAUGCUCUAAAGCACCAGGUAGGGGUAUUAUAACUACUCGAAGCAGCAAAUUUCCCCCUCCCAGGCCACCCACCCAGUCCAACUAACUCCCAUAUAUAAAUAAUCGAUCCUUGUUUUGCAAGGAGCAAUCCAAUCUCUUCACCUGUCUGCACCAGUGCUAAAAGGCCUCCCAGUGAAGUGGAAUUGGAAAUGCUGGAGGUGAAAAUCCCACUAUCCCUGUCAGUUAAUAACACUGACUUAGAGGGCUUCAAAGCACUUGACAAAUACUCCUUACAACCUGCCUAUGAGGGAGGUAAGUAAGCUGCAUCCUCACAGUACAGCUGUGGGAACUAGACCUGAGGUCAGGUGAUUUGUCCAAGGCCACACAGUGAGUAAACGGCAGUGUCAGCAAUAGAACCCAGAUCUCCUGACCCCCACCCCCUGGAUCAGCUGGUCAUUCUCCGCAGUAAGUUGCAUGUGGACGUACUCAGGCAGCCUGACUUUUAACUUGCAGGCUAUGCCUGGGUGAGCUCUCCUGUCAAGUUCUUCAUAGAGGUUAGUAAACUACUGGCAUGCAUUGUGCCUGCUAGGAAGAAAUAGAAUAGACCUUUCUGGUGGUGAUCCUUCCCUAGGCAGCAUUGCCUCUGUAGUUCCUCCUCAUCUUCACACUGAACUGCUGUGGUAUCCACAGAAGGAAAGCCAUCAUUCCUGUUUCUGUCCAGAAAGCCUCCAGGGCCUAGUGUCUGUGCUCAGUCAUUUUCAUGUGACUUUAACAAGGUCGCAGCUCCUGCAUCUCACAAGGCACAACUUCUGUGUAGCAGCCAUGUUUGUUUCAUGCCACCCAGUGGAAAUCUGCCCACCUGGGUUGAUAGGGUAUAGCUGGAUAGCCACAGCAAUAAAGGGUUUCUCUUGGGAUGAGAUACGUGCUUAUUCCUGGGCAAUCCUCAGAGUUUUGACACCUUCUCCAUUCCAAAAUCUAGUCACUCAGCUCUGUCUAAUCAAUGCUUUAGAAAUGAUUGGCCCACAGCAGUUCUGCAAGAGGGACCGAGCUACUGAUGCUGUGGCCUGCUGUAGAAUUAAUUUAAUGAUGAAUUUUGUCAUAUUUUAAUAGCCAUCUGCUCAGUCCUGUACUAUGUCAAGGCAGCUUGUACAUAGCAGAUGACCUACAAAUGCUUUGGGUGCAGGGUACUAAAUUGUAUUGUUUUGGAAAUAGUCUCCAAGGCACUUCAUGUAUUCAAAGAAUUUCCAAUAAAUCUUUUAUGUAAGCAACUCUUA